GCUAAUGAUUCUGACUUAGAUUUGGAUAAAAAUAGAGCAUUUUACACUUCAAAUAAAGAAAACGAAUAUUCAAAUUCAAAAUCCAAAAUGGAACAUACAAAAUAUAAAAUCAAAGAAUUUUUAAGACCUUUAAUUAAUAAUGUCGAUAAUUCAAAUGAUAAUCAAAAUAAUUCCAAUGUAUAUAAAUUACGAAAAUCCAAAUCUAAACCUCAGCUUUAUUUUUCUAAAAAUGUUCAAGAUAAAGAUUUACUGGAUGAUUUUAGACCUCCUCCAUUGCCCACAAGACCAAGAACAUUUACAUAUUCUUAUGGAUCUAAAUCCACUCCUAAUUCUAAUCCUAAUUCCAAUUCAAGUUUAAAUUUAAAUCUAAAUCCAAACCUAAAUCUGUACACAAACUCAAGACCUAGUUCAAGACCCAGUUCACCUUCUUCGUCUCAAACAACUCUUUCAAAUGUCACUGUUAAAAAGGAAUUGCAUAAACAAAAAUCAUUGGGUGAUUUAAAUUUGCUUUCAAAAAACAAAACAAAUAAUUCUCCAUUGGGUCUAACUCAUUUUAAAUCUGCUUCAACGAUGUUAGAUAAUUUAUCAACCCAAGAAAAUUCAAAAAAUUCAAAAUUUAUUGGACGAAGGUCUAUCAAGUUAAUAGAGGGAAUUGAACAUGGCAAAGUUUUUAAAUUAGCAGCAUUGUAUGAAGAAAGGUUAAAAGGUGUUCAAUUAUUACAUUCAAUAAAAUAAAAUAAAUGAUUAUUUUUGCAAUCAUUUAUUUAUUCCUUUAUUGAUCUUAUUUUAUUUUAUUUGAUUUUAUUAUUUCGUUAUUCC